AAGAGCAACUGAGGCUCGAAAAGUCCUCUGUGUGUGUGUCACAAUAUCCUGUGAUCACCACUGCUUUUGAGCUUUCACUGGAACUUCUUUGGAGGUGGAAGGACUGAUCAGGAUGGAGAGGCAGAAGUUCCCCUUUACUAUUGAGAACAUCCUGAAGUAUCCAAGCAGCAGUGGAGAUAAACGGUCCUACGGAGCAAGUGGUCUUGGCUUUAAAGAGAAGACAGUGAGUCCUGCUGGAGGCCAAACAGAGGCGGUUCAUCAUGCCUGCCUGUGCUGCUGCUAUUGCUCCCACUGUGCUGACAUACUCCAGCCUGACUUCAUCCACGAAGCUUGUCAGUACGGCUGGAACCCAGCAAUCCUCUCAGAUUCGUGCAGGCUGGGAGACACUCACAGGGAGGAGCAGUCACCCAGUCAACAGAGGCGAACCCGGCGUCACCGGACCAUUUUCACAGAGGAACAGCUGGACGCACUGGAGGAGCUGUUCCUGCAGAACCAGUACCCAGAUGUGAACACAAGAGAGAAACUCGCACAGCGCACUCACUUAAGAGAAGAGAGAGUGGAGGUUUGGUUUAAAAACAGAAGAGCCAAGUGGAGACGUCAGAAAAGACUUUCAUUUGUUGUGGGAAACACAGAAAAAAAGUAA